AUGGCCGUGCCUUAUUCUCCCCGAGUAGCGAAACUUGCGCAUAAUACUCGAUUGCCUGCCCAGAACCUAUUCCCAAAUCAAUUCAAGAAACUGCCGUCGUAUUUGCCAAAUGUCGCAAAUCCACAAGCUCCACAGUACCAAGUUUUGAAGACAGGCACCUCAACAAAAAUAGUGAGACUUGCGCAUAAUAAUCCCCAGCCUGUUCAGAACGUCUUCCCGCAUCAAUUCCAGGCAACACAGGCGCAUUUGGCCAAUGGUGCACACCCACAAAUCCUACAAUACCAACAGGCCAGGUAUGACCCCAAUGGAAUGAGAUAUUCCCAUCAAACGAUGCAAAGGAUUCCCCAGCCAGGACCAGAGCAAUACCAGGCCGGUCCGCUGAACCAAGUCGUUCGAAUAGGCACACCAAUCACCAAUCUAAAUGUCCUCCAAUCGCACCCAAACGCUGUCCAGUCACAGGCCUUGUACAACAUGAUCCAAGAUCAGUCGAAGCGGAUUGCCCAACUUGGCAAGAGGCCAAUCACCCAAGCUCCGGUUAGAAAACGCCAGAAAAAAAUCCCCAAGGGCGCCGCCAAACUGCCUGAAGACCUUCCUCUUGAUCGUUAUAUGUCGGAUGCUGAGUCUUCUACAUAGCCGAACAAUACCUGAUUUAAUCCAGAAGCCUACCCUGAUUCAGAUCAUUCCCAACUGAUGUGUUAACCUUGAAUAUCAUACAAAUACCUUGGUUUUGGGAAUUAAUUAUAAGAUAACAUAGUCUGCUACUUUCCAUCUGGAAUUUUAAGCGCAAUCAAUAGAGAAUGGGUUUGCAUAUUUACAUGAGCUGUUUUCCUCUCACGCAUCACAAGAUUUAUGUGGGUCAUAACUUAGAGAGUCGGUUGUUUCCAUCAAGAAACCAAGUGACAGUUAAUUUAAUUUCUGUUUUUUUUUUUUAAAAACAUUAUUUGCAUCAGUUUUGUCUUGAUUCAUUCUUAGUCAGGUCUGCUUAUAAUUGGGUUUUCACUUUGGCAUGAUG